AUGAACUCUCAACACGAACUACCUCAGUCAGAUGGUAAACCAAGGGCUGCGGAGCUACAUGCAACUAACAAAUAUAUGCACAUAGGAGCUAAAUUUCAAGAAGCAAAUACUCUUCUGGAACUGCUUUAUCCCCACAUCGAUGUUCAUAACGUAAAAGUACUAUACAAUGACUACUCUGAUCGGGAGGGGGUCCUAGAAACCAGGUUUCUGAGUCCACAUUCCCUGCCCAGGCAGGGUAGGGAGACUAGGCACAAGACAAGACCGAUCUGGCAAGAUUGCAUCAGGCUUGAUCUGGAGAUCGACAUACCUCGAACGAAACGGAGAUAUCUCUCCAAAAAUCUUGUGACGCCGGAUAGAAGACUAAAGAAGAACUGGGUUGGAUUACACCGUAGGCAUGAGGAAGAGUUCGCAAAAUUGAAAAACGAUGUGAUUCUAUCACUGCCUCACGCGAUGCGAUUCUAUCACUGCCUCACGCGAUGUGAUCCCAUCAUAAACUCACGCGAUGUAACUAUGCUAAAAAGGAUGCAAGAAGCCCAGUCUCAGAGUAACGACGAAUUUUGCUGA